UUUUCUUCGGUCUGUAACACGUGCUUUCACGAGGGGUCUUUAAGGGCUUCAGCUGUCUGAUUACCAUCUUUUACCUCUUUUCCCACCCCUCAUUCAUUUUUCCUGUCCAUUCUUUUGAUAAUUUGAUGAUGCGCACUCCUUUUCUUGGCUUAUGUCGACGGUAGAAGACAAACUUACAUGCCCUAGCCUCCGAUGGCGGGCCGGCUCGACGGCGACGUUAUGGUUUACGGGUAGCCUGGCCAAGUUGUUCUUGAAGCUCGGGGCAAGAACGGAGGUUCAUGGCCUUGAUGAAUUUGUUAAGCUGCUUGAUGAGAGAAUGGACAUAGAGAAGCGGACUAGUGGUUUAUUGACCGUUUCAAAUCAUCUUUCGGUUGUCGAUGAUCCAAUGAUUUGGGGCUUACUACCAUAUCGACAUUUGCGCCCAGACAAUAUUAGGUGGUCCCUUGGAAGCUACGACAUUUGUUUCAAGAAUGGAUCGUACAGCAUCCUAUCACAAUAUUUCUCUCUUGGCCAAACAUUACCAACACAUCGAAAAAAUCACUCAAAGUAUGGUGGAAUAUUUCAGCCAACGAUUACGCAAUGUAUCCGUCUGCUGUCCGCGGGCCCAUUCACGCAACCUACGCCUCCACACGACCAGUGGGAGUUACGGUCAAGCUCGACCAAGGGUGUCCAUAACCUCCCAGAUCCCUUUACAGAUCCCACCUUUACAUAUAGCACCACUGGAACAGACAUCUACCCAGCUCCAUCGGCUUACGGGACUAGACGACAUGCAUGGAUUCACAUCUUUCCGGAAGGCAGAGUGCACCAACAUCCUGAUCGUACGAUGCGGUACUUCAAGUGGGGGGUCGCGCGCUUGAUUUUAGAAAGCGAACCAUGUCCCACCGUUGUGCCAAUCUGGCACGAAGGCGCUGACGAAAUCAUGCACGAGGAGCGAGGAUUCCCACGUUUUCUUCCUCGUCUGAAUAAAAAGGUCGAGGUCGUAUUUGGUGAGCCUGUUAGCGAGACCGUCUGGAGAGGCGUUCGUGAGCGGUGGCGGAAAUUGAAGGAAAGGGAGGUGCAGAGGGAUCACGUGUGUCAAGGAGAGGAAUUCGAGUAUCUGAACGAUGAGCUGAGGUACGGACGGGAGGCGAGAGAGUUGAGAAUGGAGGUUGCUUUCAAGGUCAGGCAGGAGCUGCUUAAAUUACCACGGGCGCGGGGAAAGGCUGAGGAAGAUCCGAAGGCGGGAAUGUGGGACACGUAUAGGGAAGAAGGUAGGAGGAGAGAGGGGAAGAUGGAUGACGACAGCUGGGUCAAGGAUAUGUAAGAUACGCUCCGCGUUAUUGGUCUCAUGAUCCGCAACAUUUGCGAUUUGUGUGCGACUUGAUGGUUGGACCACUGUAUUUAAUCACUUGAACAAUGGCCUAGCAUGUACAAAGCUACAUUUUCGCAAUCGUCAAUCGUGGUCUAACUUCGCAU